AACUAAACUAAAAUAAAUAUUUUAAGGGAGUAUAAAGUAAACUACAUUCCCUCCAUUUUUUGGCAUAUUUUAAUUUGACUAUUAUCCACAUGGCUUCUUCCGAUCAGAUUCAAUCGCCGGAAACCACCAAUCUCCGGCUACUUCUCCUCCAUCGCUACCCGAAAUUCAAAACCAUGUUCUUAUCCAAACUCCAAACCCGUUACCAAAUCCUAGACCCGCUUACCGAACCCGAGCCAUCACCCCUUUCCGGGUCGGUUCGGGUCAUGCUCUGUGUGGGUCCUACUCCGGUAACCUCAGAAACGCUGAAUAAAUACCCUAAUUUGGAGUGUAUUGUAGGUACUAGUGCUGGAUUUGAACAUUUUGACCUCAAUGAGUGUCGCCGCCGUGGCAUCAUUGUUACCACCGCCGGUGAUUCGUUUUCUGAUGACGUGGCGGAUUUUGCUGUUGGAUUGUUGAUUGAUGUUCUUCGUCGUGUAUCGGCUGCUGAUCGGUUUGUUCGUGCUGGUUGUUGGCCUGUUAAAGGAGAAUUUCCCCUCGCUUUUAAGGUUGGUGGAAAACGAGUGGGCAUUGUAGGUUUAGGGAACAUUGGUUCAAGGGUCGCUAAGAGACUUGAGGCCUUCGGCUGCACCAUUGCAUACACCUCAAAGAGGAAGAAGCCUAACGUUUCGUUUCCUUUCCAUUCUAAUAUUCAUGAUCUCGCGAUCAACAGUGAUGUUCUGAUUCUUUGUUGUUCUUUAACAAAAGAAACACACCACAUAGUUGGCAAAGAGGCGCUGACUGCCCUUGGGAAGGAAGGUAUUGUCAUAAAUGUUGGACGAGGGGCGCUUGUUGAUGAGAAGGAAUUGGUUCAGUUUCUGAAGAGAGGGGAGAUUGGCGGUGCUGGUCUUGAUGUUUAUGAAAAUGAACCUAAUGUGCCAAAAGAAUUGUUCGGGUUGGAUAAUGUGGUGCUGUCUCCACAUAUGGCUGUGUUCACUCCUGAGUCUUUUCAAGUACUCGAAGAGCUAUUCAGUUACAACCUAGAAGCUUUCUUUUCAAAUAAGCCCUUGCGGGCACAAAUUGAAUUUGAAUGAUGGAAUUUUCUGUUCAACAUGUAAGUGUACAUUCCUUUUAAGUAUACAUCAAAUUUCUGCACCAAUUUGAGCGUCACUCCGCUGUCCCAUGUAACAUACUGAACAUGAGAAUAUAUGAUGUGUGUGGCGGAGGGGGCAGAGAGGAAAUAAUAGUUUCUUAUUUGCCAUGCAGCAUUCUGGACCAAAGGAGAAAUAUUUCUUCUUCCUUUAAUAAAAUAAUUGUAGUUUUAUUGA